CACCCACUGGUUCAGAAAACCACAUCUCACCGUCUGCCCAAGGCAAAGCAAAAGCUGCAGCAAUGUGUGAGGGUGGGGUUGUCUUCAGCGUGUCAACGCGCAGUCUAGAAAUUUCCAGGACCUGAGUUUCUAUUUGUGAAGUAGGAGGGCGUAAUAACACCCUUUCCGGUUCCUUCUUCCUCAACUAAUUUGGCUCCCUGUCCUCCAUCUUGAUUUCUGUGCCGGCUAGCUAUUUAUUUAUCUUUGGAAGGAGCUUCCUCCUUUAGGAGUGGCCUUCCAGCUGCACUUAGCUGUUUUUUGUUUUGUUUAGCAACGUUGGAAUUUAUUAAGAGAUGUUUUUAACAUUGUUUUUUAAGUACAAGACAGAAAGGUUUUCAGGAAGAAAGAUACAUAGGAACAUGGAUGUGGGCUUCCCUACAAGAGUCUCCUGAUCUGAAUGCCUUGCUUCAUCUCGGUACCUUUGUUAUGGGUGGCCGGGCCUGGUGGCUCUCGCCUGUGAUCCCGUCACUCAGGACAAUGAGGCAGAGAGUUGUGAGUUCAAGGCAAGCUGGGCUAUAUAGCAAGACUCCAAUCUCAAAAAUAAAUAAAUAUCCUGGCAUUGAAUCAAUGAUUUCGAGAGGAAAGGAGGCCGCUGAGGUGGGAGUCUGAGGAUAUAGCACAGUCUGUGAUGUGCUCGCACAGUACACGUGAAAACCUGGGUUUCAUCCUUGUGACCACCUAACCUGGACAUAGGGGUACAUACCUGAAUCUCAGCACUCAAGAGGUGGGGGCAGGAGGAUGUGGAGCCCCAGGUCAUCCCCAGCUACAUAUCAAGUUCAAUGUUAGUUUGGGCCAUAAGAGACCCUGUCUCAAAAAAAAAAAAAAAAAAGCCUACCCAAAGAAACAAAUAACUACCCAUCAUACAUCUGAGCUGUUUAACAAGUGCACAGAUACUGUCCCCUCAGUCUCUGAUUUCUUCCCUUCUCCCGUCUUGCUCUUUUCCUGGAUUUUUACACACUUAGAUUGAUUGCCCUGCAAGGCAGGAUACAGAAACACAGGAGCAAGCUGGUGGAAAGAGACACCCUGGAAAGCAGCCAGCUUAAAUGAGGGCAAAAACAGUGGUAUUCCACACAGACACUGACCAGAAUGAAAAGCAGUGAUUCACAAAGCUGCAAUACACAGGCCUUGGGUUUCACUUUGAGAGCCAUUGCGGGAUUGGGGUCAGUAAGGGGUAGGGGUAGGGAGGCAUCAGGAUAAAAGGCAGCCAGGCUCCUUCUCCCUGGAGAUGUCAACCUCAAUCCGUUCCCUUAAUCCUUUUCUGCCACCCCACCCCCACGACGACUCCUCCUGAUGACCAGUGUCCUGGGCCUUUAAGAGGUAGCUAGGCUGGACUGAGGAGAGCGCUCACACCUCUCCCCACCCUGCUCCUUCUCCCUGGCUGUAACUCUGCCAGCUGCAGCAGUAAACUGCAGUGGAAGGCGGUGGAAGCAGUCAAGUGCAAAGGAGAAAAAGGAGCCAGCCUGAGUCUUCUCAGUGGAGAGCUUUGCAGAGCUCCGGAGGCGCCGCUCACAGACGACGGGAUUCCUGUCUUACCCAAGGGGACUCUGGCACCAGCUGGUGGAGCAGUGGGUGAUGGCAUCUCAGAUUCAAGACCGACUGACCACUGAUCAGGACCUGCUGCUGAUGCAAGAAGGCACCACGAUGCGCAAGGUGAGGACCAAAACCUGGAAGAAGCUAAGAUUCUUCAGACUUCAGAAUGACGGCAUGACAGUCUGGCAUGCACGGCAGGCCGACGGCAUAGCCAAGCCCACUUUUUCCAUCUCUGAUGUGGAGACGAUCCGGAAGGGCCAUGAUUCCGAGCUGCUGCGCUAUCUGGUAGACGAGUUCCCCCUGGAGCAAGGCUUCACCAUUGUCUUCCACGGCCGCCGCCCGAACCUGGACCUAGUGGCCAACAGUGUGGAAGAGGCCCAGAUGUGGAUGCGAGGGCUCCAGCUGUUGGUGGACCUUGUGGCCAGCAUGAACUACCAGGAGCAACUGGACCAAUGGGUGAGAGAAUGGUUCCAACGAGGAGACAGAAACCAGGACGGCAGGAUGAGUUUCCAAGAAGCGCGCCGGCUGCUGCUUCUGAUGAAUGUGGAAAUGGAUCAAGAUUACGCCCUCAGUCUUUUUCAGGAAGCAGAUGUGUCCCAUUCUGAUACCCUGGAAGGAGAAGAAUUUGUACAGUUCUAUAAGGCACUGAUUAAGCGUACUGAGAUUGAGCAACUAUUCGAGCACUUUUCGUCAGACGGACAGAAGCUGACCCUGCUGGAGUUUGUGGAUUUCCUUAGAGAGGAACAGAAAGAAAAAGACCACGCCCCUGACCUUGCUCUGAAAUUCAUUGCCCGCUACGAGCCUUCAGAGAGUGGCAGAUUGCUGCAUGUGCUGAGCAAGGAUGGCUUCCUCAGCUACCUCUGCUCGAAGGAUGGAAACAUCUUCAACCAAAACUGCCUCCCUGUCUACCAGGAUAUGACUAAGCCUCUGAAUCAUUACUACAUCAACUCCUCUCAUAACACCUACCUGCUGAGGGACCAGCUCUGCGGCCAGAGCAGCGUGGAGGGAUACAUACGGGCCCUGAAGCGGGGGUGCCGCUGUGUGGAGGUGGAUGUAUGGGAUGGACCUGGCGGGGAGCCCAUUGUUUACCACGGACAUACCCUGACCUCGCGGAUCCUGUUCAAGGAUGUCGUGUCAACACUAGCGCAAUAUGCCUUCCAGUCAACAGACUACCCUCUCAUCUUAUCUCUGGAGAAUCACUGUACCUGGGAGCAGCAGCGGACCUUGGCACAACACCUGACUGAGAUCUUGGGAGAGCAGCUGCUGAGCACCACCAUAGACGGACUGCUGAUGGAUACGCUGCCCUCGCCAGAGCAGCUUCGAGGGAAGAUCUUGGUGAAAGGAAGGAAGUUAAGAACAAUUGAGGAGGUUGAGGUUGAGGAAGAAGAGGAAGAACUAGACAAAGAUGACAGGUCAGAGCUGGAUCCAGACCCCUACCCUGUGUUGGACACUGAGGUUCAGCCCGAGUCCCAGGAGCUGGCCCCUGGAAACAAGGACAGUAAGGUUUUGACGUGUCCGAUGGCUUGUCUGCUUAUCUGUGGUCAAAUUUUGGUCCACUCUCCUAGUUCCAUUCCUGUGUCCCUUUUCUUGUCCAACCAGGAUUGCACGACCAUCUUGUGCCCAGACCUGUCUGCCCUGGUUGUCUACUUGAGGACUGCUCCCUUCUGCAGCUUCACUCAUUCCAAAGAAAAUUACCACAUCUGCGAUAUUUCAUCCUUCUCUGAGACCAAGGCCAAGAGCCUUAUCAAGGAGGCAGGCAACGAGUUUGUACAGCACAAUGCCAGGCAGUUAUGCCGUGUGUACCCCAGCCGUCUGAGGACAGACUCAUCCAACUUCCACCCCCAGGAACUCUGGAAUGCAGGCUGCCAGAUGGUGGCGAUGAAUAUGCAGACUGCAGGGAGUGCCAUGGACAUCUGUGACGGUUUCUUCCGCCAGAACGGUGGCUCCGGCUAUGUGCUGAAGCCAGAUUUCCUGUGUGAUAUCCAGAGCACCUUCAAUCCUGAGAAGGCCGCCAGUCCUUACAAGGCCAAGACCCUCUUAGUCCAGGUGAUCAGUGGUCAACGGCUCCCCAAAGUGGACGACACCAAAGAGAGGUCCGUUGUGGAUCCCCUGGUGAAAGUGGAGCUCUUUGGUGUUCCUGAAGACACCAGGCAGCAAGAGACCGACUAUGUGGACAACAAUGGUAUUAAUCCCUACUGGGGGCAGACAUUCUGUUUCCGGGUCCAUGUGCCUGAACUUGCUAUACUGCGUUUCGUGGUAAAGGAUUAUAACUGGAAAUCCCGGAAUAGCUUUAUUGGUCAAUACACCCUGCCCUGGACCUGCGUGAAGCAAGAGAUGGCACUAGCCUCCACCCAGCUUCCAUCUUUGUGUACAUCUGCAUGCGGGAAGACCUGGAGAUGGAUGAAUCCUGAGAAACACAGGGUGGGACUCGAAGCAGAGAAAUCUACAGAAGCAUUAUCCCCUCCAACCUACAAGUCCCUCAAAAUCCAGAGCCAACGAAAGGAUCAAUCACGGAUCAAGGCUCCCGGGCAAAGGUUGGGGAAGGAUGCCUGACCCCAGAAUGACGACUGUCUAGAGAACAAUGCACAGCCCUGAGUCUCCACUGGACUGCUGCUCCUUAGCUGGUCUAAAUAGAGCUUCUCUGUCCAAUCUG